AUGGAUCUACAAUCUUAUGGAGCUUGCACGAAGCUUCUGUCUGACAAAUCAGCAUGGAGCAACCAGAAGUUUGUUGCCAACAGUGAUCUCUCUGUUGUAGUCGUACUAAUAUGCGGUCACACAUUUCAUGCAGAAUGCUUAGAGACUAUGACUGCAGAAUCAGAUGCUCUAGUAAUGAAACAGAAGAUCCGUGCCGGUCUUAAAUCUGAAGAAAUACACUCUCAGCAGCACAAUGAAUCGUUUUCCAGUCUCGAUCAUUUGGAAGCUGAACUUCAGCAACUCAAUUCCAGAAAUCAUGAUCUUACUCAAGAAAUUGUAAAGCUAGGUACUUUGUCUGGGGAACCUUGUACUAUUGUAAAUACUGGUUCUUUAGCCACAGAUAUUGAAGUUGGGUAUGAAUCACAAUUUCGUGGAUCUAAAGCAUUAUGCAAUGGCUAUUCUAAGAAGUUAGACAGUACCGGCUCUUACAGUUUGCUUCAUGAUGAAAGCAAUGGUCAUCACAUUGGAAGAUUAAUUAGUAAAAUAAUUAAUAUUGGAAAUGAUGUUGUCACAAUUGAUAAGGGCGAAGUACUAGCUGAUGGAAACAUUCCAAUGGAGCUCGGUGAUUGUGUUUCACUCACUACAUUGGACCUUGGAAACAAUCAACUCAAUGGCUCUAUUCCUGACAAAUUGGUGGAACUAAGUGAAUUACGGUGUCUAGUACUUUCUCACAAUUAUCUGUCGGGGUCUAUUCCGUCAAAGGAAUCUUCGUAUUUUCGACAACUUACUGUCCCUGAUUUGAGUUUUGUUCAACAUCUUGGCCAACAACAUGCUUUCCGGGAGCAUUCCGAGAUCACUUUCGCGUUAGACAAAUCUAACAACUUUGGAUUUGUCUGGAAACUUGUGUCAAGUUCCAUUCCAGCAGAGCGUGGAGAUGCUGUCACACUCCAAGGUUUAUAUUUGGGACAUAAUCAACUCUCAGGUACCAUUCCUGGUAGUUUCGGAAAGUUAACUGGUUUGGUGAAGCUGAAUUUGAUAGGAAAUGUGUUGUUUGGUUCAAUUCCAAUUAGUUUUGGGAACAUGAAGGAGUUAACUCACUUGGAUUUGAGCUAUAACGUGCUCAGCGGCGAAUUUCCAUCAAUUAUGUCAGGUGUGCAAAGCCUUGUCGGUCUUUACGUGCAGAAUAACAGGCUUUCAGGCCAAGUGGGGGAGCUUUUCUCAAACUCCAUGACAUGGAGGAUCGAGACAAUGAGUUUAAGCCACAAUUGCUUUGACGGAAACUUUUCGUGGUCUUUGGGAAAUCUUUCAUAUUUGACGAAUUUAGAUCUUCAUCAAAAUCAGUUGACCGGUGAGAUUCCUUCAGACCCUGGGAAUCUAAUGCAGCUCGAGUAUUUUGAUGUUUCGGAUAAUCAUUUAUCUGGAAAGAUUCCAGAGAAGCUAUGCAGCCUAGUUAAUUCGAAUUACCUGGAUUUGUCGCAAAACAGAUUGGAAGGGCCUAUUCCAAGAACCAGUAUUUGCCAAAACCUUUCAAGGGUUCGAUUUGUGGGAAACAUAAACCUUUGUGGCCAGAUGUUGGGUACAAAUUGUGAGGUCAAAAGCAUCAGUAGAUAUGCAUUGUUUAAUGCAUGA